UACCUCUCUUAUCUUACUCUGUACCUCGGUUUUGACGUCGCACCACCGCAAAGGACAGCUUGCACGUGCUUAACUCCAUCCUCUUUAGCUCAAGGAAACCAAGCCCAUCGAUCAGCUCUUCCUCAACGAACCUCUCUACUUCAAUUCUCAUCAGCCUUCUCAGUCUCUUCCCAUGUCGACCACACCGUGGGAUUACAUCGCCAAGCUCGUCUGCAUCGGCGACUCAGGAUGCGGCAAGUCCAGUCUUACCAUUCGUCUCUGCGAAGGACGCUUUUCGCCUCAUCACGACGUCACCAUUGGCGUUGAAUUCGGCUCCCGUAUCGUCCCUGUCGGUCCUCCUCACUCAAAAAUCGGCGCCGCCAAUUCUUCAGACCCCGAUAACAAAGACCAAGAAGCCGACGGUCUCCCUGAACCUCCUCGGGAUGACUCCAACACACCCCAGAAGCAUAUGAAGCUUAGUCUUUGGGACACAGCUGGCCAGGAGACAUACAAGUCUGUCACUCGAUCUUACUUCCGAGGCGCAAGCGGUGCCUUGUUAGUCUUUGACCUGUCUCGAAAGCAAACCUUCCAGCAUGUUACAGACUGGCUCAACGAUCUACGACAGAUCGCCGAGCCUGAUAUUGUGGUUAUCCUGGUUGGUAACAAGGCAGAUCUGACACAACAGGAGGACAACAAGCGUGAGGUCACACGUGAGGAGGCAGAGGAGUGGGCCAAGCGUAACGGGGUUAUGGAAUACGUCGAGACAAGCGCAAAGAGUGGCGAGAAUGUGGAAAAGGCUUUCAUGCGGGUAGCAGAGAGGAUAUACAACAACAUCCAGGCGGGCAAGUAUGAUCUCAAUGAUAGAAGAUCUGGGGUCAAGGGUGCAGGGGCUGGUGGAAACCGCCAAGUCAAGCUAUCUGGAGAUGCCAACAAGUCAGCGGGAGGUGGCUGUUGCUAGAGGAUAGCCCAGGACAAUACGAAGAGGAGGGCACAAAUGAUCUACAGACACACGACGCAUCAUGAUACCCAGUCAGCCAGCAAACGUCGUCAUCAUCGAACAAGUGUAUGAAAAGCUCAAUAUGAAUUGUACACAAUAAUGCAUAAUACAUUGCCGGCCUUACCGAGGCCACCUUUAUUAAGGACGCAACAGAAAUGACAAUAUCAUAGCAUUACCGAAACAAGAUCCAUCCAU